AGCAUCUGGGCCCUCUUUGCAGGGAACAAUAUUUCCCACAAUGCCCUCGUUGCUGUGUUGUAUCACUUUGUCCAGGAGGCUCAAAAUAAAAAGGCUGAUGUUCCACAGCGGCUCUAUGCGCUUCAUGCUGCUGGACUGUACUUCCUACUGGUUGAAAUUCCAGGCAGCAUCGCCAAUCGGCUGUUCCAUCCGGUGAUGUUUGAAAAGUGCCUUCAGACCUUCCAGAAGUGCUGGCCUCAGGGCCUGGACUUGCCCAGGAAGAGGAAAAAGAGCCAAAUAUCAAAUAAUCGGCAUGGAAAAAAUAAGAGGGGGAAGGUGGCGAAGAAGGCAAAUACCCAGAUGGAUGAUAUCUUUGAAGAGGAAGAGGAUGAAGAAGAGGAGCUCUUUUUCUCUGCCUCUGAUCUCUUGCAAAUCCGGGAGGCCCUCUUCCUUCUCCUGAAAAACUUACUGAGGCUUCUUUCCAAGUUCUCCCUGAAAGAGAAGCCACAGUGUGUCCAGGCAUGCAUCCAGAUCUUUCUUGACUUCUUGAGUUUUGAACCUUGCCCACUCAGCCUUGAGCCUUCAGAGAGCAUGACUCCUGAUCAAGCCAAGUAUGUCCCGGAGCUUGCGCAUCUCGGUUUGCGACUCCUGUGCUCCGCUCUUCACGGCCUGCAAGACAAGACUCUGCGCUGGGUGUUCCAUCGGCUUCUGCCCAUCGUCGUCAUGCUGUCAGGGAGAGGAGGAUCCGGCGCGGCGCCUGCCGCUGUUCCACCUCAGGCGAUUAGUGCCAGCAACCAGGCCGUCAAGUUCAUCAGCUCUCUAACCAAGGAUCUUGCAGAAGUUGCUUUUCCUGUACUGCGAAUCUUACUGCAGCACAUUUGCAUCAAGGUCCCCGAUAAGUCUGAAUAUCGCACACACGCGGCGCUGGUGCUGUCACAACUGCUGUAUCAGCUCCCUUGCGCACAGCAUGCCGAUUUCAUCGCGUGGCUCUACAGAUAUUCGUGCAAUAGCAAGAUUUCUUACCGAGUGUUUGCCCUCGAUGUCGCCCUGGCCCUGCUGGAAUUGCCGGAGAGGGAACACGAUGGCUCCUUGUUUGAGGAGCAGCAGGCGUUCCUGAAGCACAAGUUCCUGGUGCAGGUGAUGGUCUUCGGCCGGUGCUCGGACAAAGCCCCGACGGUGCGCAGCAAGGCGCUUUCGAGCUUCGCGCAGUGCCUGGAGACGAGAACCACGUCCAGCGUCGAGAACAUCCAGGAGCUCCUGCAAAGCACUGGUGUUUCGACGGCGCUGACCACGCAUGGGCCCACGGGGUCUUCCUUGUCCAACACAGAAGGACUCUCCCGCCCUCAGAAGACCUUCCCAACCUUCAAAACUGUCGAAGUGAGCAACGAACGUGAUACCAACGAUUUUGAUGGAAAGGAGGUCAUGGCUAUGCUGAGACUGAGAGCUGGGGACGAGAAGACCAAUGUUAGGAAAUCUGCCCUCCAGGUGCUCAUGAGCAUCUUGAAACACAGCGUGAUCCCCUGCUCCCCGGAAGACUUGGCCACACUCCAGGAUCGGUGCCGUGAUCCUGCCGUGUCUGUAAGGAAGCAAGCCCUGCAGUCCAUUACGGACCUCUUAAUGUCUCACCCUGAUGACGUCCUGAUCCAGAAGGCCUGGCUGACAGGUGUCGUUCCCGUUGUCAUGGACUGCGAGAGCUCCGUGCAGGAGAAAGCCUUGGCCUGCCUCGACCAGCUCUUGCUGGAGCCCAUAAAGCACAGCAGGCACCACGAGGCCGGGCAGAACCUGGCCUGGGAUCUCCUGACCCUGCUCACGAAAGAGAGUCAAGAACUGAGCCGCUACUUGAGCAAAGCUUUCCGCGUCUGGUCCAAGCAAGGCCGCUUCUCCUCCACGUUUGUGAACGUGGUCAUCUCUCACGUGGGCACGGAGCACUCCUCGCCCGCCUGGAUGCUGCUGGCCAAGGUGGCUGGCUCCGCCCCCAAGCUGGACUAUUCCAAAGUCAUCGACACUUGGGGGGAGAUCAGCAGGCAACCCCCGCCUUGCCGCGCCGUUGGCCGGUCCGCGUCGGCCUUCCCCCUCCUCGCUGGGGCUUGUUCUCGGCGGCCGCCGCUUUGCCACGCCUCCGGCCGCUCUGCGCCGGUCUCUCCCGCCGGGACUCCGCCGCUCUGCUCGCUCGCCUCCCGGCCGCUGCUGGAGUUGCCGUCUCCACCGGGACCUGGGGUAGGCGACCUGUUUUUCUGCUUCCUUGGCAAGCAUGAAACCCUGUUCUCUCCGUAUCGCAAACAGGCGCUGUUGAACGAGAUCUGUGGGGGUCUCGUGUCUGUGUGUGAGAGCUGCAUCUCCAGUGUUGUCCUAAAAGAGGGAGGGGCAGAGCAGCUACAAGAGGACGCCUUGGUGAGGCAUCUCUUCACCCUGGGCGAGGCCGCUCAACUGUGCCCAGCUAAAGUGGAGAAGCGGAUCUUCUUGCUGAUACAGUCCAUCUUGGCAAGCCCCGUUGCUGCGGAACAGUCAUCGGGUCCUGCAGGUGACGACGACGAUGAUGACGAUCGCCCAGCAACUCAGCCAUUGUCCCAGUUCAGAGGCUCCGUGAUGCCUUCCGUGGUCCGAGCACACGCCUUCAUUACACUAGGUAAGCUCUGCCUGCAGCAUGAGGACCUGGCAAAGCAGUGCAUUGCAGCCCUGGCUCGGGAACUGGAGGUGUCGAAGGACAUGGCCAUCCGCAACAACGUCGUCAUCGUGAUCUGCGACCUCUGCAUCCGCUACACCACCAUGGUGGACAAGUAUAUCCCUGAUGUCUCCGCCUGCCUGAAGGACCCGGAGCCUUUCAUCCGGAAGCAGACGCUCAUCCUCCUGACCAACCUGCUCCAGGAGGAGUUUGUCAAGUGGAAAGGCUCUUUGUUCUUCAGAUUCGUCAGUGUUCUGGUGGACCCAAACCCAGAUAUUGCCAGCCUGGCGGAGUUCUGUCUGGUGCACCUCCUGCUCAAGAGGAACCCGACCAUGUUCUCCCAGCACUUCAUCGAGUGCAUCUUCCACUUCAACAGCUACGAGAGACACGAGAAGUACAACCGGUUCUCCCAGUCCGAGCGGGAGAAAAAGUUGUUUUCCCUGAAGGGCCGAGCUAACAAAGGGAAGCGGAUGCAGAUCUACAAGUUCCUGCUGGACCACUUCACAGACGAGCAGAGGUUCAACAUCACCUCUAAGAUCAGCCACAACAUUUUGGCCUGCUUCGUGGACAGAGUCCUCCCACUUGACAUGGAAGCCAGUGAGCUGCUCUCGGACACCUUUGAGAUCCUGAGCUGCAAGGAGAUCAAGCUGUCGGCCAUGAGGUCCAGGCCGGAGGAGGACCUCCCGCUGGAGGAAGAUGAGAUGGCCAUGGCCAAUGUUGUCAUGCAGGUGGCCCAGAAGAAGCUCAUCUCGCAGGUUCAAAAGAAGAACUUCAUCGAGCACGUCAUUCCAAUAAUCACUUCGCUGAAGACCGCGUUGGAGCAAAGCAGGCUCCCGGCACUGAGGGACCUCAUGAACUAUCUCCGGGAGAUCACGCAGGACUAUCGGAAUGAAAUCAAGGAGCUGUUUGCUGUGGACAAGCAGCUGGCUGCCGAGCUGGAGUACGACAUGAAGAAGUACGAAGAGCAGCUGCGGCGGGAGCAGAGCCCGGAGCUACUGGGGGAGCCGGAAUUGCUCCCUGCUCGGGUGGCAGCACAGCGGUCUCCCAGCUCUGAGAGGGCAGCGCUUCCUGGGGACCUACGCAAUGCAAGUUCUCCAGCCGCCCGAAGAGACUCCUUGCCACUGAGAGCCGCUCUGCCACCUUCAUCGCUUGGGUUCAUUACGCCCCCAGCAAGAAUCCUGAAUCCCAAACCCAGGAGGAUGUCCCUGAAUACCUUCGCCAUCCUCAACUCAGCUAAAAAGGCCAUGGAGGAGGCUAGGAAGCAGCGCAGCAGGAGCCUCGGCAGCCGGCCCCUAUCCCUGGGGAGUCAGUGGAGCAGUAAGCAAGUGACUCUCGGCAGCCUAACCCAGACGUCUUCGGAAGGGGCUGUCCUCGAUGUCAGAGCCAUCAGUACUCCGGACAAGUCCAUUAACAACGUGACUUUUGGCGCUGGAGUCAGUUACAUCAGCCCGACAGACACACCCACUUCAGCUCAAGAAAAACAAGCCCGGGAUCGGCCAAAAGAGAUUGUUUGUUUGGCAGCCCCCGAUAAGCCGUAA